AUGUUACUAUCCGCGCGAGGGUUUGUGUGUGCGCGGGCGCCCCUCGGUGGCCCGAUCGCACGGCGAUGCACCGUCUCGCUUGCAAGUACCAGCCAUAUACCCAGUGGACGCCGUGCCUUUCACGGUGAGAACUGCGGUCUUGCGACCGCUCUUUAUGUCUUUCACUCUGCCGCAUACGGCAUCCCGAAGCUGCGGCCACAGAAGCAAGGCAAAGCGCCGGAAAAGAGCCAGAGUAUGUUUGGUCCGAUUGCCGACUUUCUGAUCGGCGGCGGCGAGGCGCAGCGUCAGCCCAUCGAGGACGAUGAGCCGGACGAGCCCGAGCUCCCGAGUUCGGUCGAUUACCUGCACGGAAAAGGACUGCACUCGGCCAUCCGAUACAAUGGGCGGAUCGUGCAGACGCGCCUGCAGAGCCAGCAGGUUGGCGAGGAUGCAUACUUUUUGAAAGAAGAUGCGCUGGGCAUUGCCGACGGAGUCGGCGGCUGGGCAUCUGCUGCGCGGGCGGACCCAGCGCUCUUUUCGCGGCUGCUGAUGCACUUUUGCCAUGCCGAGCUGAGCAAUCUGGACCGUGCCUGCAUGCAGCUCACGGACGAGGGCGAGGUGGACGACUCCGUGGCACGCUGGAACAACAGCGACCCCGUCGAGAUCCUGCAGACUGCGUGGGAGCGGUGCGUGCGCGCGUCGAAGCGCGAAGGCAUCAUGGGCAGUUCUACGGCGCUAAUUGCGAUGCUGCGGGGCGACGAGCUGCGUAUUGCCAACAUGGGCGACUGCGUGCUGAUGCUCAUCCGCGAAAAUACCAUGAUCUUCCGAAGUGCCGAGCAGCAGCACUCGUUCAACUUCCCCGUCCAGCUCGGCAUGAUGGACUCGACAGUGGAGAGUGUGAGUCUGGCGUCGGCGCUGUGCAUGCACCGCGACGGGAUGAUCCCCGACGGCGCGAUGGAUGACGAGCUGCCCGAUGUGAACGAGCGCCUGAGCACCGUGAUCCAUACCUACGACGGCGUUACGGACAAGACCCACUGGGACUCGCCCAAAGAGGACGCCGGGCACUGGACGCUCCAGGUGCAGGACGGGGACGUGGUGAUUAUGGCGUCGGACGGGCUGCUUGACAAUAUAUUUGACGAGGAUAUCAUCGAACGUGUACAGGAUAUCCUCGCACACUUCCGGACGAAAGCGUCCAACGCGCCCGAGAGCAAAGUCGACCUGCCCUAUAUGAUCUCCGAGUCGCUGUGCAACAUGGCCAAGGCGACGAGCGAGGACCCCCGCGUCCUCACGAGUCCAUUCCAGCAGCACGCAAACGAGGAGGGUAUCUACUACGUCGGCGGCAAGAACGACGACAUCACCGUCCUCACCGCUGUGGUUGCGGUGAACGAGCCGCUGGACGCGCCCGGCUGGGCGCUCGAGUUGCCCGAUUAG